CCAGCCUUGGCGGGACAGCGAUGCAGCCACCUGCCUUGGCGGUGCUGCGAGCCAGGGCAGAGAGGGCGCCGCGUCCCCAAGCGAUGAUGCUCAGGCCGCCGCUGCUCAGCCCUCCCUGCCCCUCCCCUCGCGGGCGCCAUGGGCGAGCGUCUCGGCGCGCUGCUGGCGGAGCUCGGCGCGGAACACGCCCGCCUCCUCCGGGAGCUCGCCUCGCUGCGCGCGGAGGCCGAGGCGCUGCGCGCGGGACGGCAGGCGCCGCCUGGCGGACACAGGAGCUGCGCGGCAGACCGCCCCCCCGCCGGCGGCCGCCGUGCGCCGCCGCCGCUGGAGCCCUCGGGGCACCUGCCACACGCGCGGGGGCCCGACGAGGCAGAGGCGGAGGAGGCCGAUGCGGCCGCCUGCUUCGCCGCCAGCUCCUCGGCCCGCUCCUCCGCGGCCCCCCGCGGGGUGCUGCUCGAGCGGCCGGCUUGCCCGCUGCCGGCGAGGUCGGUGUCGCGGCUGACGUCCGCCGGUUCGCAGGAGGCUGCGCUGUGGCCGGCGUGGGCGAGCGAGGACCCGGAGAGUGGUAUCAUCGAGGAGUCCACAAACACCCGAAAGUUGAAGUUCGCCAGCCGAACCGGCAGCAUGCGCUUCGACGAGGCGAUGCAGUCCGACGGCUGCCUGCAGGGGCUGGUGGUUAAGCCUGAGUCCAGGCGCUGCAUUGUCUGGGACAUGCUCCGUUUGGUCGCCCUGAGCUACGACGUCCUCAUGAUGCCGAUGAUGGCGUUCCUUGUGAGUGAGGAGCCCAGGGGCAAGCAAAUCGCGGACAUGGUGACCACCGUCUUCUGGACAUGUGACAUACCCGUGAACUUCCUCACGGCAUUCCACGCCGACGGCUUGCUGGAGAUGCGGCCCCGACAGAUCGCCUGGCACUACCUGCGCUGCUGGUUCCUGGUGGACUUCCCGCUGGUGGCCCUUGACUGGGUCGCCACCGUCCUGAUAGCGGGUGCCGGCGACGUCCUCAAUGUCGCCCGCACGAGCAAGGUGUUGCGAAUCUGCCGCGCCCUGCGGGUGCUCAGGAUGGUGCGGGUGCUGAGGUUCCCCAGGUGGGCGGACGGCCUGAGCGACGCCCUGCGCUCGGAGGUCUCCAUCACCACGUUCUGCAUCCUGCGCUCGCUGCUCUUCAUCAUCGUGGCGAGUCACUUCGUGGCCUGCGGCUUCUACCUCGUGGGCGACCAGGCCGGGCGGGCGCUCCCCGCGCACGCCCGCGGGGGCGAGCCUUUCGAGCGGACGUGGGUGGAGCAGCUGGACGCGGAGGGCCGCGACGUGGCCUACCGCUACACGACGGCCCUGCACUGGGCGACAAUCACACAAUUCACGCCGGCCAGCAUGGAGGUCGUUCCCAGGAACACGUGGGAGCGCAUCUUCGCCGUGCUGACGAUCUUGGCCGCCGUGGUCGGCUUCUCCUGCUUCCUGAGCAGCAUCACGCAGGCGAUGGCCAACCUCCAGCGCGCGAGUUUCGAGAAGUCCAGGGAGAGCUCGAACCUGCGCAAGUACAUCACGCAGAACGAGAUAUCCCUGGAGCUCGGCAACACCAUCACCCGCUUCCAGCGGAAGCACUCGCUUCUGGAGCGGCGGAGGGUGCACGAGGACGACGUGCAGGUCUUCAAGAUGCUGCCCGAGUCCAUCAGGUGCGAGCUCCACUUUCAGGCCUUCUCGCCCCUCUUCGAGCGGCACCCGCUCCUCCAGCGGCUGCUCCGGGCGGACGACGGCUUCCUGCAGGAGCUCUGCCACGGGGCCGCCGCGGAGGCCUCCCUCGGCGGGUCGGAGGAGCUGUUCCAUCCCGGGCAGGA